AUGUCUUUUACCAUGUGGUAUACCAAGCCUGAUGGCCGAAAAAUCCCAAUCCGAAUGUCGAUCUGGGACGCCAUGAAAGGUGUUCCGGACCCGAAGCCGAGAAAACCAAAGCCGUGCUCUUGCUGUGGAAAAGCCCAUGCCAAGGAUAUGUGCAAGGAGGAUGGCAAAGGUGAAGAGAAGAAAGAUGACCAUGACAGGGACAAGAACAAGAGUGGCCACGAGAACACAAAGGGAAAGGACAAGAACGUCGACUCUGAUCUUACCGAGGACGAUCGUAUCAUACUGCGCAUGAAAGGCGAGAACCCGGAAGCCCAGUGGAAAGACAUCCUCGCACAGACCAAGCACUUCAACCAUGUGGGCGAGCUCAAGUCACGCUGGAAACACAUCAGCCACCGACUGGAAGCGGGAAACAGGAACCAUAUCGACGAGGACAAGAAGGACAAAGAUGUUGAGAGGAAAGAGAGAAUCAAGAGGUAUCGCGAAGAAGGCCUGAAGAGGAAAGCCGAAAGAGAAGCUGCUCAAGCCAGAAAGGAGGAAGAGGAGAAGAAGAAAGUGGAGGAGCAGACAGACGAUAGCACCAAAUCUGACGAGAAGCACAACAACAACAAGCCCACAACUCCAAACGGUAACGCACAGAAGCCCGGCUCAUCGCCCCACAGUCUCAAAGAGUGGGCUGACACCUACGACAAGAAGAAAUGGCAAAUCAUGGCGUCGAAACACUAUGACAAGACGGGGGAGCGCAUCACACCCGCCCAAGCUCGAAAGCUGGCGGAGGCACCAUGA